AUGUCACCAAUAUUCGAGUCGAACUUUUCCAUACGCAGCAUACUCUCGAACGAUGAAGACAACAAGCCAAUCGACAUAAGACCGAAUUACACCUACUCCGCGUUGGUGACGAUGGCCAUACGAAGCAGCCCGGAGCAGAAACUAACAUUGAGUAGCAUCCAACAGUGGAUCAUGGACAAUUUUCCGUACUAUCGAAAAGAUCAACGCGGCUGGCAGUGCCAGAUUCGUCAUACGCUCACAACGAAUUCCUGCUUCGUGAAAAUACCACGCCCUCUAUGCGAUCCCGGACGCGGAAAUUAUUGGGCCAUAAACCCUGAGGUUGAGUCUAUUAAUAAGAGUGCGUCACCUGGAUUAACACUAGUCAGCCCAAAUGCAUUUGACUCCAAAUAUAACGUCAAUCAAGCAAUGGCACGGGGGGUGCCACAUCCACAAAUGCCAACGGCUAGAUAUUUUCCAACACCACAAGAAAUUGAGCGGGCGCAACAAAUGAUGAUGAAACAUGCGCUGCUAGAACAGCACAAAUGGAUUAAAGUAGUUCCAAGUGACAUCACAAAUCUGAGUGGAAUGCAUUCUGAAUCCGGAGAAUCUGAUCCUAUAGCCGAAUCGAUGAUAGCAUCAUCUAGUUGCUCUUAA